AUGUUAUUCGUGCCUUUAGCAUCUAUCCAGAAAAAGAGAAAGGAGAACUCAUUUCGGAAGUUGCCUGAUAAGAGACAAAGAAAGAGGACAUCAGCAGUUUUGAAAGACAUUACCAAUAUUGACUUUUCUUUGGCUACUGAAAAUCAAAAAUCACCAACAUCUACGGUUUUUCCAGAUACUGAAUUUGGAGAAAAUAUAGAUGAUACUUGUGAACUAGAAUUCGACUGUAGCUCUCUAGAUACUACUGAUUCAGAGUAUGAAUAUGAAGAUGUUGAUCUUCCAUCUUCUGAACAUGAUUUACUUAAUACAGAAAAGUCUACAGCUGCUACAAAAGGACAAAACAAAGAUGAAUAUACUGAUGAAGGUGAUCCAAAAUACACAUGUACACAUUGUGGUGCAAUGAUGUGGUAUGGAGAACGUUUGAACAAGCGCCGGAAUGCUAAGAUUCCUACAUUUUCACUAUGUUGUAUGCAAGGCCAAGUGCAAUUGCCUUUAUUGAAAGAACCACCAAGUGUUCUAAAAAAGUUGAUGGAAGGUGAUGAUUCAGAAAGCAAGCAUUUCCAGAAGAAUAUGAGACCUUAUAACAUGAUUUUUUCAUUUACUUCACUUGGUGGGAAAGUAGAGAGAUCUGUUCAAAAGGGAAAAGGACCACCCAUGUUCGUUCUACAAGGAGAAAAUUAUCAUCUAAUGGGCAGUUUAACUCCAAAUAAUGACAGCCAAGCAAAGUUCGGACAGCUUUACAUAGCUGACACAGAAAAUGAAAUUGAAAAUAGAGCAAAUUGGCUGAGCUCUGGUAAAUGGGAGUUCAAUUCCAAUAAGAAGGAUAAUCUGAGGAAAGACAUUAUUGAGAAAUUGAUGAAGAUGUUGGAUGAAGUGAAUCCAUAUGUCAAAAAGUUCAGAACUGCGAGAGAUCGGUUUCAUAUUGCACCAGAGGAUUCUUUUCAUAUGAGGAUUGUAAGUGAUCGAUCUAAGGAUGGGAGAACAUAUAAUACUCCGACAGCCUCAGAAGUUGCUGCGCUCAUUCCAGGAGAUUUCAAUCUAGAUAUGGAUAAAAGGGAUAUUGUUCUACAACAGAAAUCAGGAAACCUACUGCGAAUAAAAGAAAUACAUGCUUCUUAUCUUGCCCUUCAAUAUCCUCUGUUAUUUACUAAUGGAGAAGAUGGAUUCAGACUUGGUAUUAAGAAAGGUGUAACAAAAGCUACAAAGAAGCAAAAGAAGCCUAAUAUCAGUAUGCGACAGUUCUUUGCUUUUCGCCUUCAUGAACGUAAGAAUGAGCCUCAUUCUCUGUUGCAUUCGAGAAGACUAUUUCAGCAGUUCUUGGUGGAUGCCUAUACUACUAUAGAGUCUAAUCGCCUACGCUAUCUGAGAUUUAAUCAACCUACUUUGCGAUCAGAUACUUAUGACUCUACCAAAGAGUCUGAGAAUGCAGGAAAGGUUGAUAUGAGUGAUCAAGGAUCGGAGUUCGUCUUACCAUCUUCUUUCACUGGAAGUCCUAGAUAUAUGAAGAAUCUUUACUUGGAUGCUAUGACCGUAUGUAAGCAUUUUGGAUUUCCAGAUCUUUUCAUCACUUUCACUUGUAAUCCGAAAUGGCCGGAGAUCACAAGAUAUGUUAAGUCUCGAAAGCUAAAGGCAGAAGAUAGAUCAGACAUUGUUUGUAGGAUCUUCAAGAUGAAACUUGAUUCAUUGAUGGAUGACUUAACCAAAAAAAAUCUUCUUGGAAAGACUAUUGCAUCGAUGUACACGGUCGAGUUCCAGAAACGUGGCUUACCACACGCACACAUUCUCUUAUUUAUGGAUCCUUCGCACAAGUUUCCUACAACCGAUCACAUUGACAAUAUCAUUUCUGCGGAGAUUCCUGAUAAACUCGAAGAACCUGAACUUUAUGAAGUUAUUAAAGAUAUGAUGAUUCAUGGUCCUUGUGGAGCAGCUAAUAUGAAUUCUCCAUGUAUGGAGAAUGGUUUGUGCUCUAAGUCGUAUCCUAAACCAUUUGCUAAGAAGACCACUAUUAAUAAAGAAGGAUUUCCGGUUUAUAGAAGGUGCGAACAGUCAGAGAACUUUGUCCUGAAGAAUGGAUACAAAUGUGACAAUCGGUUUAAGAUGCAGGUUUAA